GACCUCCCGACCACGACGCCGUUUACUUGCGCCCGGGUCUGAUUUUCGGUGUCGCGGUCGGCCGCCGUCCCUUUCCCACUCCGUACCCUGUUCGUUGUUUCGACAUCUCUCAGCGGGCCGUUUCUCCAGCAGCUACCUGGGGAGUGGGGUUUCGGUCGCUUGGCCCAGGAGAUUGCGUUUCGGAGCUCCUGCUCCUGCGAGCCCGGGGAAACGACCUGGCCGUCCCGUUGCUAGUCCCCAACGAAAAUGGCGGCAAACGACUACUACAACCCACACCAAAAGCCGCUACCCGAUGCGGCCUACCACUCUUCCUCGUCCACCUCGACGUUCGCUCCCCCGUACAGCUCGCAGCCAAAUCUCGCGCCCGGCGCGCGGCCCUCACAAGGCGUGUCCGCUUCGCCCUUUGAAACCGUGUUCGACGAUCAUGUGUAUCCCGCAAGCACGCACCAGCCCACUCCGUCCUCGAGCCAGCACCGUUUGAGCCACCAAGACACCGCCUACCACGGCCACUCGCCCGUCUCGCCAGACGACAUGACCUACAACCACUCCGCCGACGACAUCCCGCUCCAGGACAGCGCCCCGCGGCCCCCGCCAAAAGAUGAAGAGAUGCAGGACCAUGUCUACGACGCGCCGCGCCCGAAGAAGCCGCGCCGGGGCCGCGUGCGCUUUGGCGAGCUGGGCAUGUUGGGCUCCGGCCGCAAGAAGAUCCCGUUCGUCGUCUACUUCUUCACCCUCGUCCAGGCGGCCGUCUUCAUUGGCGAGAUCGUCAAGAACGCGACGGAAACCGGAUCCCCCAUCAUGAUUCACCCAUCGUUCAACCCCAUGAUCGGUCCGUCCCCUUACAUCCUCGUCAACAUGGGCGCCCGCUUCGUCCCCUGCAUGCACAACAUGGAGGGCAUCCAGAACGCGAAUGAACCGCUGCCCUGGCCGUGCCCGAACUCCACCUCGCAAGACCCGACCCUCCCCGAGAACAGGUGCACGCUCUCGGAGCUUUGCGGCUUCGGCGGCGUGCCGGAGCCGGCCUACAAACCGGGCACGCCGCUCGACACCCAGCCGGCCCCGAACCAGUGGUUCCGCUUCAUCACCCCGAUCUUCAUGCACGCCGGCGUCAUCCACAUCGGCUUCAACAUGCUGCUCCAGCUGACCCUGGGCCGCGACAUGGAGAAGUCCAUCGGCUCGAUCCGCUUCUUCCUCGUCUACAUGAGCGCCGGCAUCUUCGGCUUCGUUCUGGGCGGCAACUUCGCUGCGACCGGCAUCGCGUCGACCGGCGCCUCGGGCGCCCUCUUCGGCAUCAUCGCCCUGACCCUGCUCGACCUGCUCUACUCGUGGCGCGACCGCGUCAACCCGGUCCGGGACCUCGCCUUCAUCGUCCUCGACGUCGUCAUCUCCUUCGUGCUCGGCCUGCUCCCCGGGCUCGACAACUUCUCCCACAUCGGCGGCUUCCUCAUGGGCCUCGCCCUGGGCAUCUGCGUGCUGCACUCGCCCAACUCGCUGCGCCGCCGCAUCGGCGACGACGUCCCCUACGCCAGCUCCCACGUCAGCCGCGGCUCCGCCGCCCUCGGCACCCCGCCCGGCUUCCUCCAGAACCCGGUCGGCUUCUUCAAGGGCCGCAAGCCCCUCUGGUGGGCCUGGUGGCUCAUCCGCGCCGGCGCCCUCGUCGUCGUCACCGUCGUCUUCAUCCUGCUGCUCAAUAACUUUUACAUCUACCGCGCCACCUGCAGCUGGUGCAAGUAUCUCAGUUGCUUGCCCGUCAGCAACUGGUGCGAUAUCGGCAACUUGCAGCUUCCGGGGAGUUAACGACGCUAAUGCGCAUACUUUAUUUUUUUUUUUUUUUCUUCCCUUUAUCGCCUCCUCGCGGGCAAGACAGCCGUGGAAUCAGUCACGGUACAUUAACGGGGAAGGAUAUUAUUAUUAUUUGAUGGAUGGGAACUCGUGGUAUUUCCCAUCGCCUAGCGGAGCACACCCAACCACCAUCUGCUUGUUGGGUAGAAAAUAAAGGGGGACGGGUUUAAG